AUGCGACAAUCCUCAGAACCUUUCAAAGUAGAAAGUGACGACAGUAUGUCAGACGAUGACGAAGGCAUCUUCGUCUCACCCACUCGCCCCUCGGAGAGCACUAGAUUGCCCGCAGAUGGCGAACUGACGCCCACUAACCUUGACCCGAAUGGGGACGCUAUCGUCAUCAUUCCGGGCAAGAAUACAUCUACAUCUCCUGCUAAAAGCUUCCGCGUUUCUACACAUGUCCUUGGCCUUGCGUCCAAAAUAUUCAUGCAAAUAUUUGGCCCCAGGCAUUUCUCAGCCCCGGGGACCCCGCGGAUAAGGACCAUAGAGGGAGUCCACCACAGAGCCACACUUGACGAUGACGACCCAAUUGCGAUGGAGGUGAUACUCGGGAUUCUUCACUUCAAGGUACCAGAGGCCGCAGCUCAGAUGGAUGCUAGAAAGCUCGCGAAUAUCGCCAUCCACUGUGACAAAUACAACUGUACUAGAGUGAUCAAGCCAUACUUGGCAGAUUGGUUCAAGGAGGCGAAUACUAUACUACCUACAACGUCUAUACUACCAUCGACGGGGCCGACUUCGGUAGCGGAUGACGAUUCUAGUGAUUCGGAUGAUUCCGAUUCUGACGACUCCAGCGAUUCUGAAGACACCAAGCUCAGCGAACAGCUAGGAUUUCUCUUACUAGCGGCCCAUUUCUUCCGCGAUGAAAAACAGUUCAAACACUUUUCAAAGGUUGUCGUUCAGAACUUGACCCCGACCUUUUCGGCGGAGUGGGAGAAAGAUGCGCUGUUGAAACUGUUGUCUCGAACCAUGAAAAGUAAGCUGGUUGAUAAAGUCAAAAAAUGCCAGGGUUACCUCCGCAACGAUUUAGAAAGUGGCAUAUCUCGCCUCCUGGGACAUGCCGAGACGCAUAAGGUACGCGGUGACUUGUGCGGCAAAUGCGGCGUAGUAUACUCAACGCUGCCUACAACUCGAGAAUGUUCGGACUGCGAAUUUACUGAAUUUUACCCGUCGUACUGCUCAAAGGACUCUAGAGUGGGCGAAUAUGUCGAAAACAUGAAAAGAUUCGGCCUCUGGUCGUCCAAGCGAUUUGAGCGAUGCCCUGUGUCUCAGCUGACAAGAAAAGUAGCAAAACUUGCAGAGAAUAUUUUUGACGACGAGGUACACGAGUGCGAUGGCAGAGAUAAAUGCCCUCUACGGUUGGAGUUGACGCUUCUCAACAAGGCGUUUAUGAAGCGUUCGGACUCGCUCGAGGGGAUAUCCCUCUUCCCUCUUCAAAAGUCUCGGAAAAGGCAACGAGACGAGGCUAAUUAG